GGCCGAGGGAGUGUUAAAUCAGUAGUAACGAAUCUUAAGGUUUUAGAUGGCAUCUGUGGAGGAUGAGGACUGUGUAGAACGGCCUCCAGCUUAUUAGAAGCAUGGCCAUGAAAUGUGCUUCUGGUCAUUCUCUGAGUUGCAAAGAUGUCAUCGAGGAAAAAUGCUACGCUGCUCCUCAGGCCUGCAGCCCUUCUGCCUCUGCUUCUCCGCGGUGCCUGAAAGAGCGGAGCACGGGGUCUGGCAGGGCAUUGCAACCCGGUCUGGUUGCACUGAGUAACGUUGUAUUUCUACGUGCGUGUGUAAACAUACAAGCACUGUGGUGCUGUCUGGUUGUUUAAACCUUUUGUACAAACAGGUGCAGAGGUGCAGUAGGAGGUUACUUCUGAUUUCCCCUUUCCCAAAUAAAUGGAUAUAUUAAUUCUUGUGGUUAUUCUAAUCUGAGAAGAGCCCUCGGGAAUCAAACUGUGCCUUUUAAAACGCAUUAUUCCCGUAUCUGUUGUUUGUUUGUUUAUUUUGUGUGUGUGAGAUUACACCUCUUUAUUUCGAGAAGCACGGCGCUGCCGCUAGAGGUCCCGCGGCACCUCACCCAGUGGAGCUCGAACAAUGCGGCCGCGCCGUGUGCUCGGGGCCGCCGCCUGGGCCCGGCCCAUCCCGCUGCCGCCCAUGGGAGCUGCCCGGACCGGGAGCCGGGUGGGCAUCGGUUCGAAUCACGGUGUUUGGGCGGCCCUCCUGAGACCAUCCCCCGCCAUUUGGGUGGUGGUGGUGCUUUGAGCGCUUACGCUGCUGCAGGACUACCUGCGUUCAUGCAGUGCGUUUGUUUUCCGUGUGCUACUGAAAAUCCAAACCAGUUAGGCUGGGGCACAAGAGGAUUCCAGUGGAUGCUCCUCUACUUGCGUGUCAGCGGAAAAAUUGCUUACCUUUAAUGGAUACUGCUGCUGGUGGUUGAUUUUUGGAGACUUUACAGCUCCUUAUUGUUUGAGAGGAAACUGCUGCUUUUCCUCUCUUAAAUCCCUGGUGGUGGUAGCUUUUUAUCUCCAACCAUCGGUGUGGGAAAGAAGAUGCCUCUACCUUUUGGGUUAAAAUUGAAACGAACUCGACGCUAUACAGUAUCCAGCAAGAGUUGCUUGGUGGCUCGGAUCCAGCUACUCAAUAAUGAAUUUGUGGAGUUCACACUAUCUGUGGAAAGCACAGGCCAGGAAAGUCUGGAAGCAGUGGCUCAGAGGCUUGAGUUGCGGGAGAUAACAUAUUUCAGUCUGUGGUAUUACAACAAGCAGAAUCAGCGCAGAUGGGUAGAUUUGGACAAGCCUCUGAAAAAGCAAUUGGACAAAUAUGCCUUGGAACCAACAGUGUACUUUGGAGUAGUGUUCUAUGUGCCUACUGUUUCUCAACUUCAGCAGGAGAUUACCAGGUAUCAGUAUUAUUUGCAAUUAAAGAAAGAUAUCUUGGAGGGCAACAUUCCUUGCACACUAGAACAAGCAAUACAUUUGGCUGGUUUGGCUGUUCAAGCUGAUUUUGGAGACUACGAUCAGUAUGAAUCUCAGGAGUUUCUACAAAGAUUUGCUUUGUUUCCGGUGGGUUGGCUACAAGAAGAAAAAAUAUUGGAAGAAGCGACACAGAAAGUUGCCUUACUACAUCAGAAAUACAGAGGCCUUACUCCUCCUGAUGCAGAAAUGUUAUAUAUGCAAGAAGUGGAGAGAAUGGAGGGCUAUGGUGAAGAGACCUAUCCUGCAAAGGACAGCCAAGGAAGUGACAUAUUCAUUGGAGCAUGUCUUGAUGGUAUCUUUGUGAAACACAAAAAUAGCCGGCCUCCUGUUGUAUUUAGGUGGCAUGACAUUGCCAACAUGUCCCACAACAAAUCCUUUUUUGCAUUAGAACUUGCAAACAAAGAAGAGACAAUCCAAUUCCAAACGGAAGAUAUGGAAACAGCAAAAUAUGUGUGGAGGAUGUGUGUGGCUAGACACAAAUUUUACAGACUAAAUAAAUGCAGCUUACAAACCCAGCCCAUUACAGUGAAUCCUGUUAGAAGGAGGUCUUCUUCCAGGAUGUCCAUGCCCAAGCCUCAAGCCUAUAUGAUGCCUCCGCCACCUCAGCUGCAUUACAAUGGUCAUUAUACUGAACCAUAUGCAUCUUCCCAAGAUAACCUCUUUGUGAGCAGUCAGAAUGGAUACUACUAUCACUCUCAGACUAGCUUGGAUAGAGCCCCUCAUGACUACAGUGGUCGAAUCCGCAAUGGUAGUGUCUAUAGUGCACAUAGCACAAACUCCUUGAACAACCCACAACAUUACCUACAGCCGUCCCCCAUGUCCUCUAACCCAAGCAUUACUGGGAGCGAUGUCCUCAGAACUGAUUAUGUCCCAUCACAUAGACAUAGUGCCCUAAUUCCACCAUCUUAUCGGCCCACACCAGACUACGAAACUGUGAUGAGACAACUCAAUAGAGGAAUGGUACACACAGAUAGGCAGAGUCAUUCAAUGAGAAAUCUUAACAUCAGCAAUACAUAUGCUUACAGCAGGCCUGAUGCCUUAGUUUACAGCCAACCUGAAAUACGAGAACAUGCCCACUUCACUUCCCCACAAUCUAACCAUUAUCCAUUUAACCUGAACUACAGUUUUCAUAGCCCAUCCCCCUAUCCCUAUCCUGCUGAGAAACGCCCAGUUGUUGGGGCAGUCAGUGUGCCCGAGUUGACAAAUGUGCAGCUCCAGGCUCAGGAUUAUCCAGCACCAAAUAUAAUGAAGACCCAAGUCUAUCGACCACCUCCCCCAUAUCCGUAUCCAAGACCUGCAAAUAGUACUCCAGACCUUUCUCGACAUAUCUACAUUAGCAGCAGCAACCCAGAUCUCAUCACGAGGCGAGUUCAUCAUUCUGUCCAGACAUUUCAGGAAGACAGCCUGCCUGUGGCACAUUCUCUACAGGAAGUCAGUGAACCUCUAACAUCGGCACGCCAUGCUCAGCUGCAGAAAAGGAACAGUAUUGAAAUAGCAGGCUUGACUCCCAGCUUUGAAGGAAUAAGAAUAAAAGAGAGAACCAUGUCAGCAUCUGCAGCAGAUGUGGCUCUUCCAAGAGUUAUUUCGGAAGGGUCACAGCCCAACAUUCUGAUAGAGAGAACAAAGCAAAAAGAAAACGAGCAUGAUGAAGGGGUGAACUGUGAUCACAAGAAAACCCUUUCAGAUGCCACUAUGCUGAUUCACAGUAGUGAAGAAGAAGAAGAAUUUGAAGAAAACAAAGCUAGUACUAGCCUCUCUCCUCUUCCUGAAGAUCAAACCCAGCUUUCAUCCAUUAUGGGUGGCUAUUCUCAUGAUUCUGUACUCAACUACCCCUAUAACUCAGUUGCUUCAUCUACUGGCCCUUUGCAUAUUCUUGAGCCUAAAUUACAUAUUUCAGAAACGGAAAAGAGAAUGAAAGACAUAAGUCCAGUUCAUUUACUAGUAGAAAACCAAGUACAGAGAAGAGGGGAAGGACUGCUUACUCCAUCUAUGUCAGAAUCUGACCUUACAACAUCAGGGAGAUACAGAGUAAGGAAGGAUUCAGUAAAGAAGAGACCUGUGUCCGAUCUUUUGUCUGGGAAGAAGAAUAUUGUGGAAGGCCUUCCCCCACUAGGUGGCAUGAAAAAGAAUAAAACUGAUGCAAAAAAAAUAGGGCCUCUAAAGCUUGCUGCCCUAAAUGGACUAACUUUGGCUAGAAUGCCUCUGCCAGAUGAGGGGAAAGAGGAAUCAACAAGAGCAACAAAUGAUGAGCGGUGUAAAGUUCUGGAACAACGCUUAGAGCAGGGGAUGGUAUUUACUGAAUAUGAGCGCAUUCAGAAGAAAAGGCUUAUAGAUGCUGAGUGCUCAAUAGCUCGGCUUCCUGAAAAUGCUGAGAGAAACCGGUUCCAGGACGUCCUUCCUUAUGAUGAUACCAGAGUAGAACUAGUCCCAACCAAAGAAAAUAACACGGGUUACAUCAAUGCAUCUCAUAUCAAGAUCUCUGUUGGUGGCAUAGAGUGGGAUUACAUUGCUACACAGGGCCCUUUGCAGAAUACCUGUCAGGAUUUUUGGCAGAUGAUCUGGGAACAAGGGAUUGCCAUCAUAGCUAUGGUGACAGCAGAGGAAGAAAGUGGGAGAGAAAAAAGCUUCAGAUACUGGCCACGUCUUGGCUCAAGACACAACACUGUAACAUAUGGAAGAUUUAAGAUAACCACACGAUUCCGUACUGACUCGGGCUGCUAUGCAACUACGGGACUGAAGAUUAAACAUCUUCUCACAGGACAGGAGAGAACAGUUUGGCAUUUGCAGUAUACUGACUGGCCAGAACAUGGCUGUCCAGAGGAUUUAAAGGGAUUUCUCUCAUACUUGGAAGAGAUACAGUCAGUGCGGCGCCAUACAAACAGCACUGCAGAUCCUAAAAACUCUAAUCCUCCUGUACUGGUGCAUUGCAGUGCAGGUGUGGGACGAACAGGAGUGGUCAUACUGUCAGAGAUCAUGAUUGCUUGCUUGGAACACAAUGAGAUGCUGGACAUCCCACGAGUGCUGGACAUGUUGAGGCAUCAGAGAAUGAUGAUGGUGCAGACUCUUUCUCAGUACACUUUUGUCUAUGGAGUUCUCAUUCAGUUUCUCAAAAGUUCUAGACUUAUAUAAUCCCUGCCAAUUCCUAAGGGACACUGCAAGAGUUUACAGAAAGAAAGCUACAGUUGUCCAGGCAGACCUGCUUUCACAUUUUUUUUUCUUCAUAUGAUGAAUCACGCAGUUAACUUUUAGGGCUGGUAUGUGGCUGUUAGAUACAAGUCAGUGUAACAGUACUAGCAAAGCAGGAUCUUCCCUGGACUAAAUUCUUCCCAUGUUCAGCUGCAGCCAUAUUAGGGAAUGAUUUUACUUGUACUGCUCUUAGUACUUGUACAUGUUUUUUUAGAGUGGUGGGGAAAAUAAAUUUCUAACAGAAUGGAAAUACAUGGCACAAUUUACCAACUUUUUUUAACAUUAUAAUGAACUCUGCAAAAGCUAAAAUUUGUGAAUGCACAUGGGGAGAGAAAACUGCUUCUUGGGGAUGUCGAGGUCUUACACACAGUUUCUUUCUGCUUUCAAUUUUAUAUUUAGAACAAUACAUCAAUAUUUUUUAAAAUGAAGUUUUGGUUUCCUCUGGUUUACUUAGCAGAACUAGCAGCUCUCAGAUACUAUAAGUUGUUGCUUUAAGGGCAGUUAUUUUUCUAUUCAGCUUUUUUUUUUUUUUUUUAACUUUCAAAAAAAAAAAACCACCCAACUUUUAAAACACUGUAAUGUUUUCAGAGAAGGUUAUCUGUGCUUGAACUAACUUCUUAAAAAUUGCGCUUACAGUUCUAGUGUAAAGGUAGUAGUAGAGUGCUGUGUAAUAGAAUGACAAGUGAAAGAUCAUGUUAACUGUUGAUAAUUUCCAUUUGAGUGGAGGCAUGUUUGCCUAUUGACUUGUAGACUACAAGCAGGGAAAAAAUAAUAUAAUUAUCUACAGAGUUCUUGGUAAUAAACAAAUGAGAGAAAGUACAUAUUCAGUAUUAUUCAAAAAUUUAGAGGACAGUUUGAUUUUACUGGCUGAAAUCAAAGUGGAUGCAAAUAUUUUAAGCACUUUUUUGCUCUGUUAUUUAUGUAGUUAAACAUAGAAACUAUAAUCAUAUAUUGUUUCAUAUGGUAAUAUGCUGUUACUAACCUAUUAUUUGAGGAAGAGCCUUUAAAGUUGAUGAAGUGAGAGAAGCAAAAUUGGAGUAAGAAGGUGCAUAGUGGUGAAGAGGAAAUAGUGGAGAUGUGGCAGCUAUGAUUGCUGGUUUACGCGUGGCAAAGAUGACCAUUAAAACCGUUUAUAUUUCCAGUUAGGAAAACCUUUGAAGCAUCGGAAUUUUCUCUCUGAUUAUUUUAUCAGCAGUAGAACAGAUUUUGCUAAUGCUGUACAGCAUUGCAAUGAAGGAUGUUCACAGGAGCCAUUUGAGAAUGCCUGCAGAAUGUAAGAACGCUAAGAAGUAACACUGGAGAUGUAGGCAUUUUAGUAACUGUGUAGGUUGCAGAGUAAAUGGUUGCGGCAUAGAUGUGAAGAUGUCCUAUCUCUGGUAGGUUCUGUCUUGUCCCUGACUAGCAUGGGUCUGGUCUAUUGACAGUAUCCUGAAUACUUCUGUGUCUGUGUUUUUAAAAUGAGGACAAUAUGGUUUUGCCUGCUUUUGGAGUGUUUUGACCCUAUACCAAAGUGAGCUAAUUGUCUGUAGACAUCUAGUGUAAUUUCAAAAAAAACCUGUGGUAGACAAGUGUGCAGGUACAUCUCAGUAUCCAUUUCCCAUGAUACUUGCUUAACAAAAUGAAAUGAGUCCGUGAGGUUUUUUUUUUCCACUUGUAAGAUGAUGUUGCUAUUCCCUGAGCUGUGACAAGGCUUUGGAAGCUAUUAUGAAGCAUAUCUCCUCUCUCCUUCAAACAAUGAUUUUCCUCUUGAAACAUAGAUUAAAAGAAUAAUAAAUGUUUCGUCAAUUUCCUUUUUAAUAAGCUGUUUCCAUAAAGAUAAACACAAGGUCCAAAUGACAUUGUGCUAAUAUGUCAUUCCAUAAAAUACGUGCUACUUUAAAAUACACUAUAAUAUUCAACUAGUGCAUUUGGUCUUCUGUCAGGCAGUCUGAAUUGUUCUACCCUCAGUAAAAAAAAAUACUGAAUAUUUCAAAUGGAGGGAAAAAAAUGCCUAGCAAAUAUUAACUGCCAAACAUAAAACUGAAUGGAAUAAUGCCUUAUUCCAGGGGAGACCUGGAAGUUACUGAAGACUGAUUAUACAUAUAGUCUUGCAGGCAAACAAGUUUGACAUACGUGUCAACAGAAAUACCACUGAAUGAAACAAAUGUAUUUGGCUAUUUGUGCUAUCUUCUGUUAUAGAAACAUUGAUUUGUUUUUGUUUUUUUUUUUUAAUCACAGUUUCUGAGUGAAAAAUGUAUGCUCCAGAAUGUAGCUUUUACCAUUUCCAAAGUUUGAACUAUGAUCUUUGCAAUGUGGUGCAUGUGCUUUUAAUGAAAUUGUAGGUGACCAUAACUUUGUGCAACACUUUUCUGCCAUUCAGCAGCUCUUAGGACAGAAUGUCAGGUAUAAGGCAUUAAAAAAAAAAAAAAACAAAAUAAGCAAUUUCAUUCCAAACUUGUGAGAUAGUUUCUGAGGUGGCUGAGGAAGCUUUUCCCUUCCAUUUUCUUCUCCAUCUUUCUGAGAGGAAGUGAGAGGUGGUAGCUCUCUAACCUGGUAUUCACAGUCUGUUUUUUUAAAAGCAGUAACACUGCUACUUCCUCCACUUCAGCGUUUCAGUCUUUCCACUUGUAGUGCAUUUUUGCAUUAAUAAGACUUGACUUUCUAUGAACCUUCCUAAUGAAGGCUUGUUUUUACAUAUAAGCAUAAGGUUCCAAGCGGGCAUUGAAAAUAAGCAGUUUCUCUUCUGGAGAUACCAAAAGAAAUAAAACUCCACAAUCUCCUGUCACAAAACUAAUUUUAAAAAUGUUUAGAUUUUCAGAUAGCUUUUAAAAGAACAUUCAGAUUUAGCACUUUGUUGUUCUGAGCCUUUAAGGGGAUGCUUUGUACAUGCUGUUGUGCUGAGUGCUUUGGAAGUGUGGGACUUUAUAAGAAAAUUCGUGGCCCAAAUCCAGGCAGAGCCUGAGUGGAAAUUGGAUCCUUCUGUCAAAAGCUUAAAAUUCCUCUAUAAGCCAUUCUGCCAGGUGUGCUUCUCUUAGUAUGGGAGAGAAACCAGAUAAUUAUCGUGUAAGAUUUGAGCUGAACUUAUUUAGUAGGAAAAAGAACGGAAUGCUGAUCUCUAGGAAUGCCAGAGUUCUCAGGGAUAAAUAAAGGUGCUAUAUUACUAUCAAGAGACAGGUGUGAGUGUCUUUUGUGGUCUAGGUGGUAAAUGCUUUCUUAGGAUCAAAUUCCUCGAAGAGUCAGGAGAAGAACCAAUAGAUUCCUGUAGGGGCUUCUGUACAUUUGAUUUCUGUCUUGUUUGCUCUGGAGAGGGAAUUUUUGGACAGGGAAUCCUUGUAAUCAUGGGAUCCCAGAUCUUCUUUAAAAACAUAAUUUGCAGCACUGUUGAUUGUGAAGAUGACACUUGCUUAACAGGCUUUGCUGUCAACUGCAGAUCACUCUUCACUCAUUCUUUGAUGGAGAAGCUCCAUGCUACAUGACAGUUUUGCACUGCUUCUCUGCAGCCCGCAAAACAGUGGUCCCCUUUUUCUGCUGCAUGUUGGAAUGCAGUCUCCAUGAAUAGCAAAAUUAAAGGCCUUAAUAUUGCUCUCACUGUGAUACCUUUUGCACACAGGAAUGGUGAAAGCUACAACUGCAUAGGAAUAUAAUAAUAAAUUGAAGGUUGCAACCUUCAGAGAUGUUGAGUGGUCUUUAAGGUCCCUUCCAACCCAAGUUAGUAUGUGAUUCUAAAAUAAAUGCAUACUGAAAUGGAUACAUUUUGAGAAAGUGUGCAUUUUUUGUUCUUCUAGUAAUCUUAUGUGUCUCUUUUUUUUUUUAAAGUGGAUGACACUUGGAGUACUUCUCUCCAAAAUAGUUUCUUAAUUUUAGUAACUAAGGCUACCAGAGGCAGCUGGUAUAUUUUUCUUGUUGGAAUCUUUGUUAAAGUUGAGUGGCUCAUAGUUCUCAACAGCCUCUGGACCAAACUUGGGAACUGCAUGGUGGUUUGUCCUGUGAGCUGGUAGUGUAAUGAGACCUUGGUUUUAAUACCAGUACCAUUACUAAAGCACUACAGUUAAAAUAGUGAACUCAUUACUGUGCUACAGUGGUUAGCUCAAGUUGUUAAUUUAAAAGGAACAACAGAUCAACUGAUAAUAAUUCUUUGCUUUAGUUAUUUAUUGUUCUAUUUUUUUUCCAAUACAAAAAACACAUGCAAAGCCAGAGCCCAAUCCCUCAAGAGGUAAAAAUUCUGCAGUUCUAGUGAGUGGAUUAAGCAGUGGUUAUUGCCAGUGGAAGCCCUUAAAAUGUGAAUAUUCACGUCUUCUUUGAAUUUAAAUAUAGAUUGCAUGAAUUAAUCAAAAGAAUGCAUCAGGAAUGUGCCUACACAUGGUAGAACGGUAGAACAUUACAAGGAAAAGUAGCUGAGAUGACUUGGAAGAAAUUCUCUUGUAAAAGUACAAAAUGUUGGAACUGGAGAGUGUGGAUUUGAGGAAUGGCUUGAAGGCAUUUGGAGGAGGAAUUGGAACAUUUUGUAUCCACAGUGGAGCUGCUAGAAGGGUUUGAUUCAUAUGGUAUGUUUUUUUUUAAUUACAUAGUAGGGUAAGUGAGCAUGUAGUCAUAGGUGUUAUUUCUACUGACUUCUUAAAAUGCGAUUUUUGAAACUCCAAAUAUUAUUUCAGAAGCUCUGUUAUUUUUAAAUAUAUUCUUUUCCAAACAGAUUCAGUGCAAUCUGUCACCUCAGCUUCUGUUUGCUUACUGAAGGUCAGAUUUUAAGGCCGCAGUCUCAGGUUUUAGGUGUGCAAGCUGAAGGCAAAGGGGCAUAUGUGCAAAUUUGUGCUGAUAAUUUGUAAUGGAUGCAGAUUAGAUUAUUUCAAAGUUUAGAUGAUUUCUUAAUGCAGCCAGCUGUUUACUGUAGGUAUGAACUGGAUCGAGCUAAGGCUAUGCUGAAAACUGGGCCUUUGAAUUGUGGAAUUUGGCAUAUGCUUACAAAUAUGUUGCAUUGUGCCAUUUGAAGUACAGUGCAAAUAAAACUUCAGAGAAUCUCAAAUGUGCUAGGCUAUAGGAAAAUAUCUUAAGCUUCAACAGCAACAGCUGUUGCAAAUAUGGCUGUAAAAAAGAUUUCUUACGAAGAUCCUGUUGGGGACCAGCUAACUUGAUGCAUUUUGCUGGCAUCAUGUAUGUUCCUUUAAGGUCUACAAGGACUGAAAAAAACAUUCUUCGUUUCUAUGUGCAUUUCAAAAAACGGCUGCUAAAUGACCCUGGAUUCUAUUUGUAGUUUUCCACAUGAUGCUGCGUUUAGUGGUAAAGAAUAACCUCCAGUAUAUUUGUUACUUAGAAGUCCAUUUUUCAGCUCUAAUUGGGGAAUUAAGACAGAAAUCAAAUGCAAAAAUCUAACAGAUAGAGUUUACAACAGAUGCAGUGUGUGGCAAGUUAGAGAAUAAGCCUGUAGAUACUGUGGUUUUACUUUGUUUCUGAUAGGCAGCAGUCAAAACCACCAAAUUACUGCUUUUGUGAGCACAAUUUCAGAAGGCGCCUUUUGAAACCUUUUUAAAGGGAAUUUAAAUGCUGUUUUUCCAUUUGGAAAUGGUUAAGUAAAAUGAGGAGAUGUGGAAGUAUUUAAUGACAAACGCAGUUAAGUUUUAGAAUGAUAGGAAACAUAAUAGGAAAAUAGAUCCUCCCAUCUGUCACCUUGCUUAUCCUGGAUGAUUCUGGCAGACAAGGUGUGUAUGCUGUCCCUUUACAAAGAUACCUUCUCAAGUUCCUUUGAAACACCCAAACUGUUUGUCUUCUUUAUGACCGAUCUGGGGAGACUUGGAUGGAAAUUUUAGACUCCAGCUUGCAAAUCAGUAAGUAGUUACCCUCCUGCACAUUGCUGAAAUCUCUUCACCCAGUUGAAGCAAGUAGGUGUUUGAAGUCCUUUCAGCAGUUUUGUAGGGCUGAGUACUUAAUGUCAGAGGAAUGCAGGAUCUGGCUCCGUUUUCUUCUGUUUUUGUUUGAGCCAGUAUGGAAGGAUUUAAAUGGGACUUUAUUUACAGUAGCAACAUGAAUUUUUGAGUAUUAUUUUCUAGUACUAAGCUAGUGGUUAACAUGUCUAUUUUUGCUGUCUUGCCAUCAAUACUGUAAAAAUCUAUUACCAAAACAGCUUUAAUUCUUGUAAAACUGAAAUUGGUUUGUAAAACAAUGUACAAAUUGUGUUUCAUAGACAGAAAAGCUUGUAUUACUGAAUGUAAUAUAUGUGAAAUGAAUAUAUUAUAGUCUAUUUUUGCCAUGAAAAAUAAAUAUUUGAAGCAAUGAUGCAGUUUUAUUGUUCCAUUAUUAAAAGAAAAAUCAGCAAUGUGUGUUCCAGUCUGGAACUUGGCCUUCUGUGCAAAAAGAUGUUAUCCCUCUUUGAAAGCUCUGUGAGUACUGCCCUGGAUUACAAUAUGAAGAUAAAGCUUCCACAGUCAGGUACUAAUUGUUCUCAUCUUUGUGGUAGAAAAGUCAUAUGUUUUGCCAACCUAACAUCAUUUUUUAUUUUUUUAUUUUUUUUGCAUUUUAUAAAGUUACUCUUCAUAUUGAAUAUUCAAUUUCCCUUUAAGCAGAGCUUUCAGAAGUUAAAAAACCCUUUCCAAAAGCCCAUGAGAAAAGAAAAUUGAUUAUAUGAUUACUUAGCAUUAUUGAAGCUGCUACCAAUACAUAAUACUGAAGUUUUCAUUUUGUAAUUGAUAUUUAGUCAAAAAUGGAAGUGAUACAAAAGGCACAACAUAAAAGGAUGUACUUCACACUGGACACUGUAGUUGCAGACCAGACAAUUUCACAUCCACUGUCCAUGCAGAAUACCAUAUGCACAGACUCAAUGAUCAGGAAAUACUAGGCUUUUAAUUAAGAUUUGUAUUACAGGUAUGCUCUGCUUGGUGGCAUUAAUACACAUAAGGUAAAAUAACAUACGUAUGUAUGUAGCUGUCUGAUCCUUUCCUAAAUCCUGAGGAAUGUUCUGUGUGUGCAAAGCAGUCUUUUUGGCAUGGGGUCAGAAUCAAAAGAGCAGCCCAUUGUUUAAGUCCAGAAUGGCUGUAGAUAGAUGAAGAUUACAUGAAGCUCAGCAAUGCUCAAUACCUAGCAGAGAGCUUUAUGUGUGGCAGUUCCUCUGUUUAGGAUAUGAUGGUGUUCUGGUUUUGUUUUGUUUUGCUUAUUUGUUUGUUUUGGUUGCUGUUAUAUCCAUUGCUUUUCUUUAAGAUGUCAAUGAUGGCAUAUAAAUGUGUUUUCUCUCUUCCACUGUUCUGAUUGUUGUCUGGAAGGCUGGGUUUUGCAUGAGGACAGCAGCUGCACAGCACUGCAGAAAUAAAUUGCCAGGCUAUCUACCGCACCCAGAGGACAACUGGUGGAUGGUCACCAUUUGUGAGUAUGAUGGCAACUGCAUGUAUGCAGGUACCAAAAGGAGAAUGCUGUUGCAGAGUUGGAGGUGAGUGGCACUGGAUGAAUGAUGGAUGUUCAUCAGCUCUGCACUAAGCAAGUUACCUUGUGUUGCUCUGGAUUGUCACUGGCUCAGUCUGGCUCUUGGGCAGGGUGAAACUUCUGCAUUUGAGUGAUGGCAGUGUUGUGGUUCUGGUGCUCAGGGAAAUGAUUGUUCUGAUAGUUAAAGGCUAGUUCUGUCAUUACUGCAAUUACUUUGAACCUAGCCUCAUUUAAUUCAAAGAAAAAGCAAGAGUAAGUAGGAAAUGGUGAGCUUGGGAGUAUUUUAUCACAAAAUAACCUUUGAAUUCUUGGCAUCCUUUGGGAGCUUUUUUGAAGAAAGGACUUCAAGGCUUGUGCCUCUUCUUGCACUCUGUGGAAAAAAAAAGGGCACGAGGCAGAUGGGGAAGCUAGAAGGGAGAGAGCUUAGAAAAAAUCUUUCCUAUUCCUAAUUAAUCACCACAUCUCCUAGAGAUAAGCAGGACAAUCUUUCAGACAGAUACCUAAAUUUAAGCCAAACACUGGUCACACUCAACUAACCAAGCCAGUAUAACUGCCCUGCUUAUUUCAUGGAUUCAAGGUAUCUGCUAUAAUAAACAAAGCAGGAAAGACAUCGAGGGCUUGCACAUGAGAUUUCUUAAUCUUAGUUCAGAUUAUUAUUAUUAGCCAUUUCUAAAAUGACAGUCAUGUGCCUUAGGUAAAUUUAGAAGCACAUCAAAUCCUUCCACGAACAGACCCAGAAUUAUCAUACCCAGAGGCAGAUGAAGAAUUUUCACUGGUGUUAAGUACCUAGGAAGAAAGCCCCUGUCAAGCCUGGUUAAUACUGAUAAUCAGUGAUUCGAAGGAACCGCAUACUUUGAUGUGUGCAUAUGUGUAUCUGCUGUCCUCUCUCUGCAUACCAGAGACUGCAAUUCAUGACUGAUUGUGGCCAAAAAUGUCUUUCCAUUAACAGAACCUUAAGCAAAAGCACUUUGGAGGUUUAAAAGGUUGAAGACUAUUUUUUAGUUUGAUAAUGCUUAAGAGUAGAUACUGUAGGUCUCCAUCACUUAAUUUUCAUUGGUCACCAAAAAUGCACUUUUCUUCAUAAAUUUGGGGAAGCAAUUUAAUUUGAAACUGUAAUUCUUAGGGAGUUGUUCUGCUUCAAUUUUCCAGCUCGAGGAAGACCCAUCCUUUCACUGACUCAUUAUAAAUACAAUGUUGUUUUUAUUUCCUGGUUCUAGUACUCCUGAAAGCUCCCUUGCUGAGGUAGGCCAGCAACAAUAAUCAGUGCAUUUGAUUGGAUUUUCUCUGGAGAUAACUUCUGCUUGGAAAAAGUGGCAACACUGUUCAAAUGAGAACAUCUGUUUCCUCCUUUGUAAAGAGAGGGGAAACACAGCAUUGUGUCAGCAGUCAUGAUCAAAAUGUAAUUAGGAAAGAGGAGGAAAACACAAUUGUUCAGCAAAAAUAGAAACAAACUUCUGUGGUUGAUGAAAUAUUUGUCUUUUUUUCCCCAAAUUUCUCUUACGCUUUAAAGGGCAGAAGGAACUGUUGUGUUUGCAGGAUAAAAUGACAGCCUUAUUUCUCUGCACAAUAAUGACAAAUAAGAAGAACUGAGGCUAAUUUACAUUCACUGUUGAAAGAAACUGGAAAUACUGCUCCAGUGUUACUAGCUAAAUUAUCUCUAUACCUGUGAAAGUAACUUUGUGAGACAGCCUAUCUUGUUUCUGACUUGUCCCAUAGUUUUGUGACUGGAAUGUGCUAACUGCAUCAUGGGUGCUUCACAGUGGCAGGGAGGUCUCUCAUCUCUCAGUUGCCACUUUGGGUAAAGGUUCUGGAGCUGGUCAUAAAGAGAAUAUGCCAAAAACCCUUUGGGGAUGUCUCACUAUGCUGUGAAUUGAAUCAAGCAGAGGCUCUAAGAAGCUCAGAUAUUGAGGAAGAGCCAUGAAGAACAUGCAUGCCAUAGAAAGUCACAGUGGGGACCCUUGACAUAUGUAGGUUGAAAGCUCUUGUACAAGGCUGAAGACUCUCAGGGCUGGAGGGAAGGGCCCACCAUGCAAAUUUGUUUCUGGGGAAAGGAAAACUGAGAGGAGAGCUUGAAGAGCUCAGCUAUUUCUCUUGCACAAUCCAUUGUUAUCUGAGAUGACUGCAACCAGCAUUUGAGAAACCUCAGAGCCAGCACCCAAACCUGUGCUAUCCGCAUCAUCUCUGCUCUUGCUUGUGUCAAACACUGGGAAAAACGGUGCCAAAUGCUUCCAGCUUGAAUUUAUGGCUGGGGAGGCCCCUGCUCAGAAGUCCUGUGAGGAAUUCCCAGGCUGACAGGAGAGCUGAUGGCCUUUGACACAUUCCUUAGUUUCUUCUUUGGCAUGUGAGUGUGCUUGUGACUGAGAGAAAGAGAUAGCUGGGCUGGGGUCACCUCAUCGUUCAGCUCUUCAUCUCCUGGAAUUGGCCGAGGGCUGCUGUGAGAUGUAAGGUAUGCUGCAGCCUCGUGCAGAUACUGUAAGGGAGUCCUGUGGGCUCGCUGAAUUCCUGGGAUAACUGCUGAGAGCUCUGCACCUCGUGCUGCAGAUCACGCUGUCCGUCCUCUGAGACUGGGGUGGUGUAGCUUUAUGGCCUGCCAGACCAAAGCUGUGUGAGUUUCUCAAGUUUCAGAUGGUCUCCCCACCACUCCUUUUAUUUAGCCUUUACUUGCCCUUCUCAAGGUCUAAUUUCAUUUCACCAACGUGAUAGGACUGGAAGGACUACACAGGAGUUUUGCUUUGCUGAGCAUGCAACAGGAACAACUACUGCACAGAAGUCUGUGCUUACUCACAGUGAGACAGUAUAUCCUGUGUCUCUAGCAUCCCUACAGCUUUGGCAAACCAGUCCAACAGCUUACUGUAUGAGUGCAACUUUAAAUUGCAUAUUGUCACCUUGGUGUCCUGCACACACCUUCUGCCUGCCCUUUGCUCCCUGCUGAAAUGUGCAUAGUGAGUGCAUUAAAGAGACCAAGUCUUCUAUGAGGCCUGUAGAAUUAUUUUGUUGAGAGUUACUUUGGAUGAGUUACUCUGUUGAGAGUUACUUCAGAUGUUUUCAACAGGGAACAGAAAGCCUUGUGCGCAGUAGGCACAGCGUUGUUAAUUUUGGUUCCCUUUACCUGAAUUAACUUUUCUUGUUGCUACCCUUCUUGAUCUCAUGAAGUCCUCACAGGAUUUCAUUUAGGUGGUUGCGGUGGAGAUGAGCUAUAGCUCUUCUGUGGCUCAACUGAUGAACUGUCAUGCAAGCGAGAAUUGCUUCUGCUUCUUUCCCUUCCCAGCGUUGUGUUCUCCCCAUGACAAGUUCAGCUUCCGCUGGCACAAGAUCCACUUACAGCCUUUGAAACUGGAUUCCCUGACUGGUGGUGACCCAUGCAACAUGCAAUGGCUGGUGCAGUGGAUUAAUUUACCACUCACCUGUUUGCACAUCAAUUGCUUUGCCACUUGGAAUGGAAACUGAUGAUGAAUGUUUCUGAAUGAAACAGAUUUCACUUUCGAUAAAGAAAACAGGACUGCUGGUGAGUAUUUGGGUUGGUUGUUUUGGAGUGAGAAAUUUUAAGCUUUAAGUUACAAUACUGUGGUUUUUUCACUUUUUUUUAAUUAUAUUGUUGAUUAGGGAUAAUAUGACAGUUUGGGUUUUGCUUGCAGGUUUUCUUUUUUUUUUAUCUCUAGGUAGCACUAAGACACCUAAGUACCUUCUCCCUUCAUCACAUGAAUCUUUAUUUCAAAUGACCCAAAGCCCCUCUCUGAUUUGUAAACAAAGAGAAUCCUACCUCUGAAAAUGAGGCUACUGAUGACAAAAAUGUAGGCUUUAGGAAUAAGAGAUUUUUUGUCACAGAGCACAGUAACAAUAAUGGGCUUCUGAUCAUUUGAAGUAAGCGUUGAUGCUAUUACAUGUGUUUGUUGCCCAGAUGAGCCUGGGCAGAAAUAAAUCUUUCUAUUGUAGAUCACAGCAGCUGAUUGCUCCUAACAGUUACUUCCAAAGUAUUCAGAUUUGUAGUCAAUGGUGGUGAGACUACCUUGAUAUCCUAGGGCUUAUACCAGAAUCUGAAUAUAUCAUCAAGUGAAUAGAAACUCAA